ACUCGCCUCCGCCCUGGGCCGCGGGGUGGGGGUGGUGGGGAGGCAGCGGCUUCACUUCCAGUCCCCUCUUUACUGAGCCCACCAGCCUGCCGCCGUCGGAUUUCGAGGAUAGUUGGGGGAUUACCGGCCCCAGAAAAGAAGUGGCCCUGGCAGGCAAGCCUGCAGACCAGCGACGGACACAUCUGCGGAGGCUCCCUGAUCGGCAGGCGCUGGGUGCUCACGGCCGCCCACUGCAUUCAUGGCACCAAUGUGGAAUACAAGGUGAAGCUGGGAGAUGCCCACUGGCUUGCUGAUUCCAAAACGGCACCGGUGAUCCCGGUUCAAGACAUCAUUUUUCCCAGCAAUUUUGAUGCUACCACUUUGAUAAACGACAUUGCUGUUGUUCUGCUCGCCUACUCUGCGAAUUAUUCCUCACACAUCCAGCCUGUGUGCCUCCCCAAAAAGUUUUUCAAAGUGAAAGCUGGGACAGAGUGCUGGGUGACCGGAUGGGGGAAAACAGCAGAGAAUGGAACAGGGACAGUCGUUCUUCAGGAGGCUGAGCUAAGCAUUAUUCGUCAUGAGAAAUGUAGAGAGGUGCUCAAGAAGUUGGGACACGAGAGUGAAACGGUCAAGGAGGGGACUGUCUGUGGCUACAGUGACCAAGGGAAGGAUGCCUGUCAGGGAGAUUCUGGGGGACCCCUGGUCUGUGAAUUAAAGGGUGUAUGGGUCCAGGUGGGGAUUGUGAGCUGGGGCGUUGGCUGCGGUCGCAAAGGAUAUCCUGGAGUUUACACGGAAGUUAGUUUCUACAAGCAAUGGAUUGUUGAUCACCUGAAACAAGAUUCCUGUCUGGAUUCAGCAAACUUUCUCACUCUAUUCCUGUGUCUGGUGAUGCCCCUGGGCAUUCUGGUGACCCCGUGAUCAGACCCCAUUCCGCUCUCCUGCUGUUUCUGAGUCUCACACUUAGGUGUCUCCUCUGACCAACCUCCCACUCCUUCUCAAGGCCUUUUCCACAAAUCCCAGUUGGAAUCCACGGGCCCUCUGGAGAUCCAUACAAUAGAGCAUGGCGGGGAGACGGGGGCCUGGAAAGUAUCCCUGCCUGGUGCUCUGGUCACCUGCCUCCACCGUGCCUGCACCAGGGCUGUGCUCUGCCUGGUGGGAAGGAGGGAUGAACCAAUUCCAGCUAGAGGACCAGCCGCCCUGCCAGGGGGCCACGGUGACUCUUCAAUACCUGGGGGAACGUCUAUCAAGGAAGAGACAUCAUCAACUUUGAAGCAAGCGUUAGACAUGGUUCUGGUUUUAGGGGUCUCACCUGAGACUUUGUGAAACCAGCCAGCUGGGUGUUUGUUCAGAGAGAGUGAAGGAGGCAUUUCCAGGUCCCUGCAGAGGUGUGAGGCCUGGGACUUCCACUCUGGCUCAGUUGUCUGGGCCUGGGAGAAGUUCCCCUGAAGCCCAGUGUGGGUUCAUCUGUGAGUGGUUAGCCUCUGCCACACCAGCUCUCUUGGGGCAACCCAUUCUUGGCAUCCCCUUCCUCAGUGCCCUAGUGGCCGCUUUCAGGGACACCACAAGUUGUGUUGAGGCAGUUAUGGAGUGUGGAGUUUUCAGAAAUCAACUGAAUAAAUGUUUGGAGAGUCUC